UGCAGUAAUGUUUCCUUUUUCAUCUUGAACCCUAGAUAGAUCUGAUCUCUCAGCAAAGGAAUCCCUGUUCGAAGGCUGAACCCUGAUUAACUGCCAAGAGAGAAAUGGAGAGAGAGACCCUCAGCUUCAUGAAGGUAUGGCUAUCGGUAAUUGCAUCCCUAUGCUAUUGCUAUGCCAUUGGCAGGAAGGUACCCCAGGGUACCAAAAGACUCAUAUGUUUCCUCCCUAUCAUUUGUCUCUUCCUUUUCCUCCCUCUUAAUCUCUCCUCUCCACACCUUGGUGGUGUUACAGGCUUCUUCAUUGCCUGGCUUGCAAACUUCAAGCUCUUGCUCUUUGCUUUUGGAAAAGGACCUUUAACCUCAUACCUCUCUUUCCCUCUUUUUAUAGCUGUUUCAUGCUUUCCCAUCAAGGUCCAACAAAACCCAUCUCCUAAAUCACAACCAAAUGGAGAUGGCAGAAAAAAAUCCAAUCAAAAUGGCCAAAAUCUAAACAAGGAAGGUCCUUUAAAUUAUGCAUUAAAGGGCAUUCUUUUGGCCAUUUUGGUGCGCAUAUAUGAUUACAGUGAAUAUAUGCAUCCAAAAUUGAUCCUCCUUCUAUAUGCUUUCCACAUCUAUUUUUUGCUUGAACUCAUCCUAGCCAUAAGUGCAACCCUGGUCCGAGCCCUGUUAGGACUGGAGCUUGAGCCACAGUUCAAUGAGCCAUACCUCGCAACUUCCUUACAAGAUUUCUGGGGAAAAAGAUGGAAUCUGAUGGUCACCAGCAUCCUCCGCCCCACCGUCUACGAACCCACCCUCAAAAUCGCCUCAAAAAUCAUCGGCCGGAAGUGGGCUCCUCUUCCGGCCGUAUUCUCCACUUUUCUGGUAUCGGCGGUAAUGCACGAGCUCAUCUUCUAUUACCUGGGGCGAUUGAGGCCUAAUUGGGAAAUCACGUGGUUCUUCUUGAUUCAUGGAUUCUGUUUAACGUUGGAGAUCGCGUUGAAGAAGGCGAUAGCCGGAAAGUUGCGAUUUCCGUGGGUGGUGUCGGGACCGUUGACCACGGCGUUUGUCAUGUCGACAGGUUGUUGGCUGUUCUUCCCUCAAUUCACGCGAUGCAAAAUUGAUGAAAGGGCGUUUGAAGAGUACGCGGCUUUGGGCGCGUUCCUAAAAAAUUUCUGGCCAGAAUGUUUAGGGAUUUCGUCCUUCUGAUUUUUUUGAUUUUCUUUCCUCUUUGAGCAGACGGUUACCUGUCCUUAUUUUUCGGGUAUUGGAAGGCGGAUUAAUCCAACAUGUAUAAUAAUUUUUCGUACUAGGU